AUGGUCACGUAUCGGUACUUUGGACACAGCAUGAGCGAUCCUGGCACCUCGUAUCGUACCAGAGACGAAGUGAAAAGCGUCAGAGACGAACGAGAUCCGAUCAAGUUGUUUAUCCAGGUGCUCGUAGAGAACGGCUUGAAAACUUCAGCUGAAAUUCAAGUAAGUUCGCGGAGAGACACAACAGCAAGAUCGCGAGGAUUAAUCGAGUCUCGUUUAUAUAUUCUGGUAAAGCAAAUACAAGAUAGCGUGAACAAGGUUGUAGACGAGGAAUUGGAACAAGCUAAAGCCGAUCCACCUCCAGAAAUGUCAGAAAUCGCGGCAAACGUUUAUGUAAAACCUUUGGAAAAAAUCCGUGGCAAAGUGCCCUGGGAAGUUCAUUGA